AUGGUUAAUUAUUUGCUGGAAUACGGCGCCGACGUGAACUGCGCUCGCGACAAAUACCGCUGCCCGGUCGGCGCCGCGGCUCGCAACGGACACGAGGAAGUCGUCAGCGUACUGCUAGCAAACGGUGCCAGCACCCCGAGGGCUCUCGAGAAUGCCGCCGCGGCCGGCCAGGUGCGCCUGGUGCAGCGGCUGGUGAUCAGGUAUCGGAGGCUGCCCCGAGAGCAAAACAAGCAAGGAGUCGAGGUGGGGCGAAUAGCCCUGGCCAACGCCAUCACCUCGAAGAACCCGGCGGUGAUCUCGCUGCUGCUCGAUGCGGGCGUCCCGCUCAACGAGGGAUACCCGGUCGAGUACGACGACCUCCCUAUCGUGCUGGCGCGGACGAGGGCCGCGGACUGGGUCGUGGAGUAUCUCCUGAGUCUUGGGGCCGAGGAUAGGGAGAUCGAUCCUUACGUCAAUAAGGACAACGAAGAGCUCGACAACACACACAUCAACACGGUUUAUUCCGUCACGGAGCUGGAACCUCCCCACGGCACAACGGGGAUCAAGAUCACCGACAUGGCGGCAGAGAUUGACGGUCAGAGAUUGACGGAAUACUGCGACCAAGCCAAUGGUGAGACGGCCGACGAAGUCGAUGAAACCGCCAACAGAGUUUGGUUAUACAAGAUGGAGAACUACUUCUUGAACUACGACCAUGAUUUGAAGUAUGUCGUUGAAGUUCCGUUUGGUUCUGCGCGGGGAGAGUAA